AUGAGCAAGCCGGAUAUCAUGCGCCCAGUAGAGGAGUUGUUCCUUGAUAUUUCAAUCCAUGAAGUACUGACACAGACAAUGGUGACAUUUGUCGAGCCAUGGAAGACAAUGUAUAUCGAUUCGAUUCGAGAGCAACGAUACGGGGACGCAAUUUGGGCUCGCUACUGCAUCGAUGGAGGGGUAGAAAACGGCGUUAUCAUUGGCCAAGGCCCAAAUCCUGAUAUCACGAUCCUUGAUCAAAUCAGGGAGGAUGCAGUUGAAGCUAAGACGAAUGAACCAGGGUUAUGGGCAGAGGCUCUGGAGCUCUACCGAGCGACUAGUGGUGCAGACGGGCACCCAGAGGUCAUCAAGAUCAUCUUUGAUACUGACAGGAUGGAGCCUCGAGACUGA